AUGUGGGAGAUCGCAUAUUCAUUCUUCUCAUCAAUCGGCCUCGGGAUGAUUCUUUCUUCUCAAUUCACUGCCCUAUCCGCUGCCAAACCUGAUGAAAAUGCGGCCACAUCAGUUACGACCUUUUAUCUUUGCCAGCAAAUUGGCUUCAUGGCAGGUGUAACUUCAUCAAGAUCCUUGGUUAGAAGCGCCAUCGAAAAUGGUCUGAAAGCUACUCUUGGGGAGAACACAGCAAGCCAGGAGUUGAUUGACCAAGUACUGAGUCAUCGGCAGUCGCUGAAAUAUGUGCCCGCUCAUCUUCAAAAUGCAGUGCGAACGAUCAUCCAACAGAGCUACUACGUACCCCCAGGUGAGAACCUUGCCCGUAAUGUCUAG